AUGUCUUUGCGAAGUUUAAGCACCCAGCGAACUUCAAGCUCUCGAAGUUUACCUUCAAUUUCAGUAUCUCAAAGCACCCAAAAAAUUAUUUUGAAAUGAAUCAAUAACCUAAACAUUUGAAAACAGCUGGCCAUUUCAGAUCUCCCUGAAAGAUUCAGAACUGGAGUUCUCCCUCUUAAGCUUCUAGAAAGGAUUGACCCAGAGUUCGACAUUUCUCGCUGCUUUCUAGAACCUCGCUCUAAAGACCAAUGCUUAACUAAUAUAAAAUCUCUAGUUAAAAGACUGGUUGGGAAUUUUGGAAUGAGAAAUGGACAAGAAAUAGUCAGCCAGCUAUAUCAAGGAAGUCCUGAGGCUGCUUGGACCACUUUAGAAUUUAUGAUAAGAAGUGUGAUGAUUGGAGAAGUCAAAUCUUUUAAUGGAGUAAUUAUGAACUGGCUUGAAUCAUCACUUCAGGUUUAUAACAAAAAUUUGUUAGUAGAAAGCAUUGAAGAGCCUUAUACCACAUUAGUCAAAGAUUUUGCGAAUGGCGUGAAUUUGAUAUGCAUUCUGCAUUUAUUUAUGGAUGAGCCAAAGCUUGCUUUGGCUAAUGUCUACUCAAUUCCAGAAAACAAAAUGGAAGUUGAUCACAAUCUUUCUUAUUUUUUUCAGUCAGUGGCGAGGACAAAAAUUCCGCUUCUGUUCAGUUUGGAAGAAUUCAAAGAAAAUAAUGACCCUGAUUUUCUAUUAUUGCAGCUUUUUUAUAUUUUCCUGGAAUUCAAAGAUAUUCCAAUUAAUAAUGACAGAAGGCGGCCUUUUGUUUUUAAAGAUGAUAAAAGGAUUAGUCAAAAGAGAAUUGAGGAAUCAAUAGAGAAUGCUCUAACUGUUUUAAGCACAAAGCCAGAAACACAUAGUGAGUCAGAUUCUUCAAAAGCCUCAGGGCACGAUUCUCAUCAAGGGGAAGGAAGCAGCUUUGGGGUUGGAGAUUUCCAGGAAUACUCCUUUAGCAAUGAGUCAGAAUCACCUACAACUUUAGACGCUAUGGAAAAACAAGUAAUCCAGCAAGAAAGGAAGCUUAUGUAUAUAGCAGAUUUAAGGAAGAAAAAAGAAACCAAAAGACUGAUUUAUGCGCCAAGCUUACAACAGCUGCAAAUCCCUGGUAAAGAAAAUGAAAUGGUCUUUAACUCUCCUUCUCAGAAAUGCUUAUCGCAUGCAGAGAGCUUGAUUUGCUUUUUGCUGACUCCAAGAAUUGUCAAAGUAAAUGUGAAUAAUGGGUGGAUUAGGGUGCUAUUGAAUAUAAUUCCUAAUGAAAACUUAUUUUCAGCUGUAAAAGAAAAUUAUUUGCUGGAAUGCAGAGAACUGAGCAAUAUGAAUCUUGCGAUAAGUUUAGAUAUCAAUGAUACUGAUGGAAUUUCUAAAGGGAAAAAUAAUGAGUUGGUGAUACACCAUUGCAAAUAUCGUUAUUUAUGAUUAGAAAAGAAUUCAAAUAUCAGGCAGUAGAAGCCCUUUAUUCCCUUUCCUUAUGUUCUACCGCUUAUCUCCAGUCCUCACAUAGUGUUGCACUGUGCUAAUCCUUCUGAUGAUGGCCUAAACUAGUUUUCUGGAAUUAAGAAGAUGCAUCAGUAGGGUUGCCGUCCAUAAAAAAAUUUUAAGGUUUAAUUUUCGACUAAAAUUGAAACUCGAAGCCCAGUACACAAUUCCUAGUAUCGCACUGGGUAAAUUUGCCAACUAACUAGAAACUACCUCAGGUACUGAUGGUAGAACCCUUUCAACUCCAUGCCUAUAUUUCUCCAUUAAGAAAAACCUACCCAAGGAUUGAACUCUUGUCUGGCUACCUUAGCAUUGUUUACUCUGCUAGUCUUAUACGCGUGUUGUUACACGAAUUAAGAGGUCAGGUCGAUUCUCCAUACCAUUUAAUGUAUGAUGAUACCCCAUAAUCGAGGAAAGAUAAGAAUCCAAUGUAAAACAGAUGAUGAAGCUGAUCUUUACCAUCAAGGAUUGACUUUUCUAGUUCACAAGACAAAGAACAGCUUUACCAUUUAA